AUGGGAGUUCAUAAAAAUUUCCAUCCAGGCAGAAGUCCUUUCAGAAAGUAUGACAUAUCGGGCUACCAGGCUGUUCUCGAAUCACGAUGGAAGGAGUAUGGACCUGUCGUGAAGGAAACUAUCGGGAGAAAUACGACAGUCAGGUUAUUUGACCCCGACGAUGUUCAGACUGUUUAUAAACAUGAAGGGGUAUGGCCAAAAAUCAUCCCAAUCCUAGAGAGUUCCAUGAAGUACAGGGAAUCACGUGACAUGUCCCCAGGGCUGGGUAAUAUAAAUGGAGAGGAGUGGAGUACAAUGAGGAAAGCUAUUCAGUCCAUAAUGCUUCGUCCCCAGGAGGUAGCUAAAUUUCUUCCAGUUGUGAACGAGGUAGCCGAUGACGUCAUAGAAGAAAUAGAACACAUGAAGGACACCGAAGGAAACAUCGUUAAUUUCAAUGACACCAUGGGACGGUGGAAUAUGGAAACUGCGGGUAUGAUUUGCUUUGACAAGAGGCUUGGUGCAUUGAAAGAAGGACCUGACUCACAUUCCCAGAGAAUGAUACAAGCAAACUAUGAUAUAUUUGACCUAUCAACGAAAAUGAUGUUUACUCCUCCUUGGAAACACAUAACAUAUUCAAGACUAUCGAAAAGGCAUUUCGAAGCAGAAGACUAUUUCUACAGAAAUAGUCAGCAUCUUGUCAACACCACGGUGUCGCACAUAAAGAGUCGCAUAGAAAAGGGUGAACUAAAGGAAGGCCAGUUUCACUUCGUUUCGCACCUGCUAUCCAACACAAACCUCAACUUCAAGGAUCUCAGCAUCACUGUGCUGACCCUUUUUGCUGACGGGCUCAAUGCAACAGUACCAACGUUCCUUCUGGCAUUGUACUGUCUUGCAAAAAACCCACAGAUUCAGGAAAAGGCAUUCAAAGAGCUACAGCAAAAUACAUCUGAGGGCAUAACUGUUGAUUGUUUGCAAAAAAUGUCCUAUUUGAAAGCUUGCUUUAAGGAAUCAUACAGAUUUUACCCACUGAACCUCGAUACAAAAAGGGUUUUAAAUCACGAUAUCGCUGUGGAAGGAUACCAGAUACCGGCCGGGACUGUCAUAGAAAUCUGUUCCUUCGUGCAACAAAUGUCUUCACAAUAUUUUGACAAUCCGACAGAAUUUCAACCAGAUCGAUGGAUACGUGGAAGCAGACACUUCAAGAAUCAUCAUCCAUUCAUUCUUAUUCCUUUCAGCCAUGGUCCGAGAAUGUGCAUUGGUCGACGAAUAGCUGAACAAGACAUGUACGUGAUGAUGGCUAAGCUGCUGAAGAAGUACAAAGUCGCUACGCCAAUGGAGGAUUUAGGGUUAAAAUAUCAAAUCAUUCAAACGCUUGACAGACCGGUGACGUUCACAUUUGAGAAACGCAGAUAGAGGCAGCGACGAGGACAGAGUAUUGUACUUUGUACCAUGUGCAUUUGUGUUCAUAC